AUGAUUCUUGCCCGGCGCUCGGCCGUUUCGGCGCGGCUUCUACUGCGAAACCAGCAACCCCGACGAUGCGGCUCACACACAGCUCACCACCAUGCCGAGCCUGUGAACGAAAGCUUUGGCCGUAGCUUCUACGUCGCCGUCGGUACUUUCGCUUCCUGCUUUGCGCUCUACCACUUCACAAAGUCCGGAAAGGACACCGAAUUGUCCAUUACCCGCCUCAUCCAGAAGUGGACUCCCUCGGAGAAGGUCUUCGAAGAGAGAAACGCGCUUCACACCGCUGCUGCUGAGAGGGCUGCCCAGGACCGUCAUCUUUUUCUCAGUCAGCGACCCAGUGAGGCGUAUGAGUUGAAGAGCCCGGAAUCGAGCUUCCACCCCGGCCACCCGUACAAUGUCAUCGCCGGCAGCAAGGCCGACUUGAGCGAGGUCAUUGCCCACUACGAGGCCAAGAACCGGAAGAUCGAGGAGGCCCGUGUUGCUCGUAUGCAGGACGGCAAGGUUGUUUCUAUUUAUGAUUAG